UAUUUGUUUACAAAUCAUUUCCGGGUUCGAAAAUUUACACGUUUUCAUAAACUUUGCCAUAUUUUAUUAAUUUAUUCACUUAACUAGUGUUGAAGCAGUGACAUACACAUUAAGAAUUAAAAUGGCCACACUAGAAGACUUGCAGAAAAGAAUAAAACAGUUGGAGAAUGAUCUAGAAGCAGAAAAACAGCUAAAUAAGACUGGUGGACGUGAAAAGAUUUCUCAGAUGAGCUCAGAAGUUGUAGACUCUAAUCCAUACAGUCGGUUAAUGGCAUUGAAGCGUAUGGGAAUUGUUGACAACUACGAGAAAAUUCGAGAGUACACAGUAGCUGUUGUUGGGGUCGGGGGAGUAGGGAGUGUGACUGCAGAAAUGUUGACAAGAUGUGGUAUUGGAAAGUUGCUGCUGUUUGAUUAUGAUAAAGUAGAACUGGCCAACAUGAACCGUUUAUUCUAUCAGCCCCAUCAAGCUGGACUGAGCAAGGUAGAGGCUGCUGAAAAAACAUUGAAAGAAAUCAACCCUGAUGUAGAAUUUGAAAUUUACAAUUACAACAUUACCACAAUGGAGAACUUCAAUCAUUUUGUUGAUAGAAUCACGAAAGGUGGUUUAAAGGAAGGUGAACAUGUAGAUUUAGUACUGAGCUGUGUAGACAACUUCGAGGCUAGAAUGGCCAUCAAUACAGCUUGUAACGAAGUAGGUCAGACUUGGAUUGAAUCGGGUGUCAGUGAAAAUGCUGUGUCAGGUCACAUACAGGUUGUUAUACCAGGAGAAACAGCUUGUUUCGCUUGUGCUCCUCCACUGGUUGUAGCCACAAAAACUGAUGAGAAGACAUUGAAAAGAGAAGGUGUUUGUGCAGCUAGUCUUCCCACCACCAUGGCAGUUGUUGCGGGAUUUCUUGUGCAGAAUACUCUAAAAUAUCUACUAGGUUUUGGUGAUGUAACACAUUACCUUGGUUAUAAUGCACUACAAGAUUUCUUCCCCACCAUGUCAAUGAAACCAAAUGAACAAUGUGAUGAUAGACACUGUCAGAGACAACAGGCUGAGUAUAAGAAAAGAGAAGCAGCCAAACCAAAACCUGUGAUAGAAGAAAAAAAGGAAGAAGAAGUUGUACAUGAAGAUAAUCCUUUUGAAAUAGAGCUUGUGUCAGAAACCACAUUAGAAGAGGCGCAGGCAUCAGAGGGGUCUCAACCUCAGCUGGCUGAGGGGUUAAAGGUUGCAUACACAGUACCCGCACCUGAACAGGGGGACCAAGCAAAAACUACAGUUGAGACAGAGGGACAGAGUUUAGAGGAUCUUAUGAAUCAGAUGAAAUCAUUAUGAUACUAGACAACUAUUAGUAUUUGGUUCAUUUUUAUCACACAGUCAUGUUGCACGGAAUCUCGUGAAUUUAUGAGAAUUCAUUAUAAUUUUCAAGGCUGCCAUAUUUUAGAGAUAACAUAUGUUUUCCUUUCAUGUUAAUUUGAUGUUAGAACAGGAAAGAAACAUGCUUUAAUGCUAUUCCAGCAAGAAACAUGUAAUAAGCUAUGUCAGAUAAAUGUUAUAUUGACAUGUAAGACAUGUUUUAAUUAUGCAUUGCAGGGCCUAGUAUGUAUAUGUUUCAACAUGGACUUGGCAUAUAAGAAAAAGUGUAAAUGCAUAUAACUCUCCUGUUAAUUAAAAGCACCCCUUGAAAACAGCAGUCUGAUGCUAGAAUGAUUAUUUAUAAAAUUAUUUAUUUAUUUAAUGAUACAAAGACUUAGAUAGAUAGAUUUCGUCAUUUAAAAAUGACAAAUUUAAUUAAAUAUUUGGCAUAUACCUACAGUAUUGGAAUUCUAAUAGAUUUUGUAAUAGAACAUGUUUCAUUGAACUUUGCCUGCGCAGGCUGGUCUGGAUCCAUGCUGGUUGUAAAGCCACUAUGGUUGGUUUUCUCAUGGCGCGGCUCAUAUAUACUUCACAUAAAAUGAGCUGCAAAAUGGAACCAUUCAAAAUACAUGAUGUUAAAAGAAAAUUUGUUUGUUCUACAUAGAAAAUAUAAAAUUUGAUACCUUUAUUGAACGGUAUUUUCACAUAAAAGGAACUGCAGAAUUGGUUAAACUUUAUGUUUAAAUAAAACCAUUCAAAAUGCAUGAUGUAUAAGGAAAAUUUGUUUUUUUACGUAGAAGAUCUAAAAUGUUAUUCACAUUGAAUGAUAUGUUGGUCAAUAGUCAAAGCUAUUGACAGAGGUCUGAAGGACCACGUGCCAAAAGUUUUGACUCUUGACCAGCAAGCCAUUCGAUAAGUGUUACAUGACAUCAGAAAUUAAUUUUCACACAUUGUCAGUUAGUUUUAAGGUUUUGACUUAUUAGUCCAUUAAAUAUGUUUUGAAUAUAGACAAGUCAUGUAGCUCAAACUAUGGACCGCCCAUUUAUGUGAGUCAUGUAAUAACUUUCCCUCUUAAACACCAGAUCUGACAUUUUCACUCCUUGCUGUACCAGUUGUGUGAAAUAAAUGCAUCUUGUGUUUGGUUGGAGAAAGAUAUUUCAAUCUUACACUGAAACAGACAAAUAACCUGUAUUUAUAAACUCUGCAUUUGAAGAUACAGAUUAACUUCAUUUUCAGAAUUGUAGCAUUUAAGACUUCAAGAAGUUAAAGAUUGUCUGCAAAGGUUUAAAUACACAAUGUAUUUUCUGUUUACAUGUAUAUUUUUUUUUUGCUUUAAAUGUCUGAGGAUAACUCCUUUGACUACACAGAAGAUUCUGCACAUACUCUUAAUUUAUAAGUGGAGUGAAUGAAGAAAGGAAGACAAAAAUAUUCCUUAAAGUAAUGCUGAAUUAUGGCAUUUAACAAUUGUAGUAGAUACUGGGAUACAACAGCAGUGGAUUAUGGCAUCAGGGAUCAGCCUAGGUCCAAAUUUUAGGGAGAAGUGACUUCUCCCUCCACAGAAUUUAGGGAGAAGUGGAGGAAUUUAGGGAGAAG